AUACAAACCACCAACCCUUCUUUACCAAAACACACACCACCAUGACUCAAGCAACGCCUAAGAAACCCACCAAGAAACCCACAGGCAGCGGAGCUAAGCUCAAGCAGCAAUCGCUAUUAUCCUUCUUUGCCCCGUCGUCGUCCCCGAACAACUCGCCUACGGCAGAUCCCAAAAACAAAAGCCAGGAUAUUCCAUCGUCUCCAUUAAAGGCAAGGGAAGACAAAGCUGACGGGAAAGUGAGUAGCACGGGUAUAAAUGGAGCUCCGGCCACAGACAGCACGGGGGCGGUUGGAGCUCCGGAUGAGAUCGAAAUGAAUGAUGUAACCAUGUUAGAUUGCCCCCCAGACGCUGACUCUACAGAUAUUCCUUCCAGCCCUGCUCCGCCGGUUGCCGAAUUCGCCAGAUUAUCGCGCCUCAAUAUUUCCUACGUUGAAAGCGAUUCUGACGACGAUGUCUCCCUCAGCAACGUCAAAAAGAGACGCGUAACUACAUUUUCUGACGAUGAAGACGAAUUCAAGCCAACGGAAGAGCCGGUCUCCGAAGACGAGGUGGAGAUGGCAGACCUCACCAAGGAGCUUGAGGGCAGCGAUGCUGAAAGUGAAGAUGAGAUUUUGAGCAAGAAAAAGCCAAAGAGCUCCAAUCUGUUGGAGUCCAAAUUCAGCGCCAAGUCUUCGUACACGGCCAAGGUGGCGCCAAGGACAAAGGCUUUGCCCAAGGCUGCCAAAAAGAGCUUUACCAAGGAAAACGAAGAACGCUAUUCUUGGCUCGUGGACGUCAGAGAUGCAGAAAAACGCCCCGUCUCCGACCCAGACUACGACUCCCGCACGCUCUUUGUGCCUUCCUCCGCAUGGGCAAAGUUCACCGCGUUUGAAAAGCAGUACUGGGAGAUCAAAUCGGUAAUGUGGGACACGGUUGUCUUCUUCAAGAAGGGAAAGUUCUACGAGCUCUACGAGAACGACGCCCACAUUGCUUCCACGCGCUUCGAUCUCAAGAUCGCGGGGGGCGGACGAGCCAACAUGAAGCUUGCAGGGGUACCGGAGAUGAGCUUCGACUACUGGGCAAAGCAGUUUAUUGACGCGGGGUACAAGGUGGCCAAGGUUGACCAGAAGGAGAGCAUGCUUGCCAAGGAGAUGCGUGAGAAGAGCACGCUCCUGAAGGAAGACAAGGUGAUCAAGCGUGAGCUCAAGUGCGUUUUGACCGGUGGAACGCUCACGGAGCUCGGGAUGAUCACGGAUGACAUGGCCAUUUAUUGCCUUGCCAUCAGAGAGGAGACAGACGGCACCGAGAAGGUGUUUGGGCUCGCAUGGGUAGAUACCACAACACUGGAAGUGCGGAUGUUGGAGUUCCGAGACGACCAAGAGUGUUCUCGCCUCGACACCCUCAUCACCCAGCUCAGACCGAAGGAGAUUGUGGUGGAAAAGGGCAACUUGUGCACGGCCGCGACACGGAUUCUCAAGUUUAACCUGGCCUCUCAGCCCAUCUGGAACCACUUGACCCCGAGGAAGGAGUUCUGGGACUACGAAACGACGUACGAGAACUUGGUCAGAGGGGGGUACUAUCCGGCCAAGGACCUUGACGACUUGACGAGCUUCCCCCCGCUUCUAGUCUCGUGCCACCAGGAGUCGAGACUCGCUUUUGCCGCCUUCGGAGGCCUUCUCUCGUACCUAUCCUCGCUUCAGCUUGACCGCGAGAUCAUGACGCUUGGGAACUUUAAGCCUUACGAUGCUUCCGGCGCCGCGAAUUCUACACUCAUUCUCGACGGUAUCACGUUGAACAACUUGGAAGUCUUUAACAACUCGUUCGACGGAGGCGAUAAGGGGACGUUGUUCAAGCUUGUGAACCGCGGAAUCACGGGCUUUGGCAAGCGGAUGCUCAAGCAGUGGGUAAUGGCGCCGCUUUUGCGCAUUGACGACAUCAACGGCCGCCUUGACACCGUGGAGUUUCUCCUUUCCAACGACGGAAACGAGUUCAGAAGCCACUUGGAGCAGGGCUUGACGGGGCUUCCGGACUUGGAGCGGCUUCUUGCGCGUAUCCACUCGCGCAGCUUGCGCUUCCGUGACUUUGUAAAGGUGGUGGAGAGCUUUGAGCGGAUCGUGCGCUUUUUCAUCGAGCUUGCGGCUAUCAAGGACUACGAUGCCGUUCCGGGCGUGCUUGGGAAGCUCUUGGAGAAGAUCCCGGAGGGCUUACCGCCAGCGGUGGAGUCCUGGACCGAUGCCUUUGACCGUGUCGAGGCGCUCCAGGACGUGAUUAUCCCUCAGAGAGGUGUCGAUUUGGAGUUUGAUGCUUCCUUGGACACCAUGAAGGGACUCGAGGACGAGUUGAACGUGGUGCUCAAGGAGUACCGCAGGGUGUAUAAGUCCCAGGAAAUUUGCUACCGCGAUUCCGGGAAGGAGAUCUACACGGUGGAAGUUCCCGUCAAGUGCGUGAAGCUGAUUCCAAAGGACUGGCAGCAGAUGGCCGCCACCAGCAAGGUCAAGCGGUAUUGGUCGCCAGAGGUGAAGGAACUUGCGAGACGCCUCACCGAGCAAAGAGAAUUGCACAAAGAUAUCAGCAACGGGAUGAAGAGUCGGCUUUAUGAACGGUUCACCGAGAACUACUCGGUCUUUCAGGAAACUCUCAAGUUGGUUGCCCAGCUCGACUGUCUCAUUGCGCUUGCGCGGACGUCCGAGUCGCUCGGGUUCCCCGCUUGUCGUCCAGAGUUGGUUGACUCCUCCAAGGGUGAGCUCAGCUUUGUGGAGUUGAGACACCCGUGCUUCCUCACUCCCGGUGGGGCACUUUCAUCUUCCGUGAAGGAGUUUAUUCCGAACGAUGUGGUAUUAGGCGGUGAUCACUCGGGUAUUGGCUUGCUUACCGGUGCCAAUGCCGCUGGUAAGUCGACGCUCUUGCGGAUGACGUGUAUUGCGGUGGUUUUGGCACAGGUUGGAUGCUACGUGCCGUGUGAGAGCGCGCGGAUGACGCCGGUAGACCGGAUCAUGACCCGUCUCGGGGCCAACGACAACCUUCUCCAGGGGAAAUCCACGUUCUACGUGGAGCUUGCCGAGACCAAGAAGAUCCUUGAGACCGCCACGCCGAAAUCCUUGGUGAUUUUGGACGAAUUGGGCCGAGGCGGGUCUUCCUCCGAUGGCUAUGCCAUUGCCGAGGCCGUCUUGUACCACCUUGCGACUCAUAUCCAGGCUAUGGGCUUCUUUGCGACCCAUUACGGGAACCUCGGACUCGCGUUUGCCUCGCAUCCACAGGUGACACCUCUUCGGAUGAAGAUCUUGGUCGAGAGGGAGUCGCGGAACAUUACCUUUUUGUACAAGUUGGAGCCGGGUGCCGCGGAGGGGUCCUUUGGGAUGAACGUUGCUGCCAUGUGCGGCAUCGAAGAGAGCAUUAUCACCAAGGCCGAACAGGCGGCCGAGGAGCAUGAGCACACCAGCAAGAUGAAGCGCAGCCGCGAGUUGAGCCAGCAGAACGUGGUUCCGUUGGGCUUGCAGAGCGACUUUAGCUGGUUCCUCCGCGGGUUGCUGGCGUUACAAGGCGAGGUUGCCGUGUACCCAGAAGAGGUCCGAUUGCGUGCUGUUAAGAACGUUUUGGACAUGAUUGAGAGAAUUUAAGCCUGGACCUGUACUCUUACAUUUAGUAUAUUUUGCUGUUUUUUUUUAUAUAUUCAACCUUGCGGCAGGUUAAUUGACCAUUAGCGGGAUCAAUUGCGGGCGUG